CUGCACGUCAUCAAUAAAUUACAAUUUAAGGUAUCUACUACCACGUUUACCUAAUCAUGGAGAAAUUCUUCAAUGUUUAUCUGACAGUGUCUGACGGUUUAUCAUAAACAUGGGGUCUUCAGCAAGUACCAGAAGGAUUUCGUCAGCCAAGAAGGCUGGAGGACCUUCCUCACUCAACGAAGUACAUGCUGGUGGACCACUAACGGAAGGGCAGAGCAAACCGUUGACCAAAGACGGUGCUGUUGUAGGUCUAGAUGAAACCGAUGGCGGUCCUUCACAACCGAAAGCGAUUGCUUCACCGGACCUGCAAGAAGGCACUAUCGACGAUGCUUCGGGGACAUUUACUAACAUUUCAGAUAUUCUUAUCGUUGACUCUGCAGCUGCUAAAGCAAAACGGUGCAAAGAGUUCAGUAACGGGGUCAAAACAUGUCUAACUCGUAUCAAAGCCAGUAUCAAACACAUUCAGGAGUGUGAAGGUUUCCCAUGCACCUCGUGUCUUAAAAUGACGACGGAUAUCACGACAGUUUCACGUAACAGCAACAUUGAUCGGAACGCUGUAGGGGAUGGGAUAGGCAUUGACACAGACUACUGCAAAAUGUUUGCUUAUACGUGGAAAAAGGGAGAUAUGUUGAAGAAGAUCGAAGACGCUGAUCAACAAGAAGAACUACCACAUGAGACCACACAAAUGUUUACAUUUUACAUCGCACUGCUUGGUUCCGCCUGGAAUUUUACGGACAAGUCUGAUUACUUCUGUUUACAAAUGGAAGAAGAUGGAUGCCUGUCUUUGAUUGUCGAUUGGUUUUUACACCUCGUGGAGAGUGAUAAGGCGAUGAACAAAUGGGCAGAUGACAUGAUGUUUGAUGCGAUGAACAUAUUGGAGAACGCCUGCAGAAGAGUACCGUCUCUGGCUCCUAAUCAUCACAGGGCCGUGCCUGCCUUGCAAAAGUUUGGCGAGUCGGAAGAGACCUUGACACAGACGAUAGCAUUCACGACGCUGGCAAAGCUGGUGAAGAAAGAAGAGGCCGACAAGCUUUCCACCAACUACACCUGUAUCGUAUCACUACUUUCGUUGUUGAAGAAAUGUCUGUCCAAUCCUGACCAUAAGGCAAAGACACGACGACAAUCAUCAAAGAAGAACAUGGUGACCGUUAUUACUAUUAAUGCAGAGGAGUUAGUUCAAUCUGUAGAUGACCUUGCCAUCAACGACAACAACAAACGGCUGAUAGUAGAAAAGGGAGGCAUUCCUAUCCUCGCUAAACUGCUCCAACGAGAUUGUUCCGUGGAGGAGAAGACUUCUGCCGCCAACGGGCUAUGGAGACUUGCAUUUCUCAAGGAAAAUAAAGAAAAACUGCGGAAAGAACAGGGUAUUAUUUACAAUCUGACGGAGAAUUCCCAGAGUGAAAACGAAAAACUCCGCAAUGCCUGCAUGGGCGCUCUUUUCGAGAUCUACGAAUCUAAACUUCCCGAAGGCCUGACGCGUAGGAAAACAGAUGUCGAGUCACCGCAGAAGGCGACGUCGGGCAGUGCGAAGUCCAGUGGACACAUCAUGCUCAGCUACAAAUGGGAACACCCGUCCAAACCUGUGAUGCGAGAGUUCAAGAAACAACUGCGCAAAAGAGGCUACAACGUGUGGAUGGAUGAAGACCACAUGAUGGGUGAUAAAAUCGGCGCCAUGGCAGACGCCGUAGAGAAUGCUGAUAUGGUCAUAGCUUGUAUCACACGUGGUUACCAAGAUAGUCAAGACUGCCGUACAGAAGCGUCUUAUGCUUACGAAUGCAAGAAGAAGAUUAUCCCUGUGAAGGUGAGUAAUGACUUCAAAGCUUCUGGAUGGCUAGGCGGUAUCACGGCAGGGAAGAUCUACUACAUCGUUCAGCAAGCCGAGCUUGUCUCCGAGGUACUCUCCAGCAUCAUCGAAAAAGAAUUCGCAGUGAAGAAAGAAACUGUCCAGAACGUGAACGCUGCUCCCGGUCCCCCAUCCCAAGAGGAAGAGCCGAAGACAACUGUAGUGGAAUCUCAAGUCCCCGGAUGGGAUUCCAAGAAGGUCCAGGAGUGGCUGGCAGCUAACAACGUCACAACACGAAACAAAGCUUUGAAAACUUUUAAUGGAAUCCAACUGCUCCAACUGAAGAAACAACUGAUCAAUGUCCCACAAGCUUUCUACCAGUCUAUGAAAGAUGAUCUUAAGGUCCCCUAUAGUGAUGUCCUAUCACUUGCUGGUGCUCUUGAGAAACUAGAUUAAGUGAUUAUUAUCGUAUUCGGACACCUACUCCCUGGACAACUACCGCCCGGAUAAGUACCCCCUAAACAACUACUCCCUAGGGGG